AUGAAAGCACUAGAGAUUAAGCUUGUUGAAAAGGAGAACCAGAUUAGUCAGUUCAAUAAUACAGUUGAAGAUAUGGCUAAGAUCAAUGAUGAACUGAGUAUCAAUCUAUCAUCCAAGGCAGAAGAGUGCACUACCCUUGAAGAUAAAUUGGAGAUAUUGAAGACUGAAUUGGAAGAGAAACAGAAGAUGAAUUUACAAGAAGAAACUACACCAUCUCCUUUAAUUACUAUCUUAAAAUCCAAGGGAAAAGAAAUUAUGAUUCAAUCAGUUGAAGCAGAUAUUCCAUCAUCAAGCAAAGGAAAUGAAAAAGUGUUGGAUAAGAUUUUAAGUUUUCAAAGACCUCUACAUAUGAAGACUGGCCUUGGAUAUGUGACACAAGGAUCGUCUGAAAUAAUGAAGAAAACUAAAGGCAAAGGAACUGCAGAAAAUCCAAUCAGGUUUGUCAGGGAGAAACAGAGUGGCACACAGAUGUUUGACAAUGAUGAAUUUACUUCAGUUGACUAUCAAAGACACAGAGGUUCUUGGCAAAGACAAAGCUUCAAAGGUCAGAGACAAAGAGAACUUAUUACUGUGGUAAAUAAAGCAGUAUGGGUUGAGAAGAAAAGGAAAGCAGGAAGUAAGUCAUUAAUUGUUCAAACAGCCUUUAAAGCUCAUAGCAAGCCGUCACCGUGGAUUCUUGAUAGUGGAUGCUCCACUCACAUGACAGGUGAUAAGGGAAAGUUUAUGAGUCUAGAUUCAACUGAGGGUGGAUCUGUCAAGUUUGGAAACAAUGAUGGUGCAAAGAUAGAAGGCAGAGGCAUAGUUAAGUUGGACAGAGGAAAGAUCAAGUCAAACAAUGUCCUAUAUGUUAGCGGUCUGAUACACAACUUACUCAGUGUGAGUCAAAUUUGUGACAAUGGUAAUGAGGUUUUGUUCACCAAAGAAGGUUGCGUGAUCAAGAAAAUCAAAAAUGGAAAGAUUGUGGCAUAA